AUGCCCGCAUCCACCUCGGACGGUAUCCAGGACCGUCCAAGUAGACCCCUCGUCGUCCGGUGUGGCUACGAAGGCUCUUCUCGGCGCGUCAACUUUCCUUCGGCAGCCACCUGUCGCCUCGAAUCUCUGCGGCAUCGCGUUGAAGACUGCUUCUCGCUCUCGGCUUCCCCUUUCGCCCUGAUAUAUACCGAUGAUGACGGCGAGGAAUUCUCAAUACGAAGUGAAAGCGACCUUACCGACGCCAUUUCUUACUUCAUCUCUGGCGAUGAUGAUGCCAACAUGUCAACAUACUCUGGAUCAGGAAGUGGGAGCCUUCCUUACCAAUUAUCGCUAUCGAAAGUGACACUACGACUGGACGUUAUCGUCGAAUAUGACGGUCCCAGUCUCAGUGAUACUUCCUCGAUUUCGAGCUUCCAGACCGAGUCCGAGCGGGACUCUGCCUACCACUCCAGUGCAUACGGAAGUAGCUACAGGAGCAGUGUAGUGGAGUCUAUGCAGGAAGCCAUGGAGGACGACGUUACCGAAUAUGGAGAAGACGACGGGGCGAGCCAAGCAUCGCACUCGAUAUCGGGCCGGAUGAGCGGGCUGAGCUAUGAGGACGACCGGCCUUCCCGCUACGCUGGAUCAAUCACGCCAAAGCGGCGGUCGGACAGAAGCCGGGCAGGCUCAGAUUACCGGGGGUUCAACCAAAAGCAGCUUUCGGUGCCGCAGCAACCCCCAUUGACUGGGCCAGAGAGCGACGCCGCGCCUUCGCUCUUGACGCACUCUGAAUUGGGAUCGAGAUGGUUGAGAGAACAGUCAAACCUCAAUGCGAGAAAGAUCAGUGGGAACAGUCGGUCGGGCAGGUCAAAUCGCUAUGAUAGUGAUGAGGAGAGUUUCGGUAGCGAUGAUGAUCGGUCCAACAAUUUCGCUCUGGUACGAGAUGCUCGAGGACGAUACUACUACUCGUACCAGACCGACUCUUCGAACGCAUCCGAUGUCGAUCUUGCCGAAAACGACGCCGUGUCCCGCCGACUCUCCCACAAUUCCACUUCUUCCUCCGCCAGCACCACAUCCCCUCCCCUGACCCUUCUAUCCCACCUCCACGAUCCUUCCGCCCAAAUCACAGAACCCUCCGUCCCACCCGUGAUUGCGCCCGAUUGCUCUGCAUGUGGCGUCCGCCUGGAUUAUCUACGCUAUGUCUGCGAAACCUGCGGUGAAGGCGAAAUGUGGAAAGAAAACGCCUCAGGAAAAGCAGCUUUUGUCCCACCCAGAGUACCGAGCGAGUCGAGCGAGCAGAGCGAUGGGUGGUCGGAUGCGACAGAAUUUGCAGCUGCUGCGACUUCCAGCAACAGCGGCUCAAGGACAGUCUACGACACCGCCUCCCGCAGUCGGAGCGGUUCAUUAUCCACCACCGCUUCCCGCGGCUCGCUUCAAACUCUAGCUGGGAGCUCGUCUUCACCGACCAGCAUCACCUACCGCCCGUUCCUUGGGCCUACGCCUCCACAGUCGCCGGACGCGGAGAAUGGUCAACUGAUACCGUCUCUUGCGCGGGGCGACCUGCCAACGAGAAAGACGGGGUAUGAGCUUUGUGCGGGGUGUAUUGAGGUGCAUGGGAUCCAGCAUUCCAAGGCAGCGGCGAGGGCGGCAAAGCUUGAGCUGAGCAGUAGUGAAUUUAGACAUGCGAGAAGGGCGGGGGAGUUGAGACAUACGUUCAAGGAGAGGAUAUGGGGACCGGUGGGUUGGGAUGAUGUCGAAUAUAACGAGGACACCGAGUGUACCAUAUGUCGAAUUCCACUCUUCCACAACCGCUUCAAAUGCGUUUCGUGCAGCAAGUUUGACCUUUGCCGGUCAUGUUAUCGAAAAGUGGACGAAAUUCACCCGGCGCAUUCAUUCUUGUCACUACCCGAUAAGCCUUUGCCUCGAAUAGGACCGGCAAGGAGUGUAUCUUCGGACGAAGAUGGUACGCAGGGGGCGGCUGCUCCGCAACUGGCUAGACAUCCGGGGGCGUUCUGUCACAACUGCCUGCAAGACAUUGUUGGGCCGAGGUUCCACUGUGCUGUAUGUCCUUCUUGGGAUCUAUGCAUCCAGUGCGAGGGUAUUUAUAUGGCCGGUGGAGAUGGGUCUGGGCAUCUGGCGGAUCAUAUCAUGAUGAAGAUCCCCGUACCACUACCAUCAUCCGAAGUCGAAGCCGUGUCCCGCCGAGCUCGAGACAGAUGGUUCCAACAAGAUCGCACAGUCGCCACAAGCGCCGCCACUCCCUUCGAACCCUCUUCUCGCUCGUCUUCCCCAUCUGGCGACCAUUCCACCGUCUACGCUCCGACAGCUACGCGAGACAGGGGACCUUCCCCGAUCCCGCCUAGUCAGAUCAUCAAUGUGACGCAGAGGGACGCGCUGGACCAUGGGAUCAGGUGCGGGAAUUGUACAGAGUGGAUCAUGGGGAGGAGGUAUCAGUGUGCGGGCUGUCCUUCGGAUCCUGCUGGGUUCAACCUCUGCUCAAUCUGUGAAUUGCGCUCAUACAAGGUCCACGACCCAACCCACGUCUUCCUCAAAUUUGACCGCCCGGUAAAUAUCCCUCUUCGCUCCCGGCGCGCCAUCCUCCCACCUCUCUACCGCCACCCCGUCGGCAAAGUGCCCUCCGCCGCGCUGGCUACGAUCAACCCGCGCGAUCCUACGGCUUACCUCAAGCAUGUGAUGCACAGGGAGACGUUGUGUGAUGUGCACGGUGAUCAGAUACGGGGAGUGUGGUUGAGAUGUGCGCACUGUGCGGCGGGCUUUGACAUUUGUCGAGAGGCGGAGAGGGUGGCAGAUCAUGAUUCGACUCAUGUGUUUGUAGUGUUCAAAGCGCGUGUGGAUAUGACUACAUUCCGACAAGUCGCUGAUCUGGCAGCUACCCAUAGCAAGCCUUUGUUGAGGCAGCAAGUUUACAUAUCAUAG